AUGACUCAUCUGCUCGGAAAUUCAAGCGCUCGAUUUGGAACCUUUUUGCAGAGGUUAAUCAGCAAGCUACAGGAAGGAUCCAGGCAGUUGUUCGAGGUAACGGAAGGGCGCACAUUCAUUCGAGAUGCAGUGAUUGUCGUGCCGAGUCAUUGGAAAGAACCGGAGAGAGAAGAACUUGAUAUUACUGGCAUCAGUUUCGAUGGCGAAACGAGCAACAAGCACUUUGGAUCGGCGGACAUGCAGGUCUUUUCUUCCGGCAGAGAAGGCGGCUCCUUGAUUUAUACCGUGAAAACGUCUCCCUGCGAACAACGAGGAAGAUCCAUUCGCGUCUCUGAGUCUUAUCUAAAUAAUGACGAGGAAAACUUUGGCGGGGAUUUCGUGGCUCAAUUCGCCAAGUUACGCUUUGGCGUUUUCGACGAAACCCCGAUUAGCCCCAAGCACGAGUUCUAUUUUGACAGCGAUCGGAAAAUUCAGGCGACCAAGUGCUCGGCUGAUAUUCAGGAAGGGCUUUUAAGUGGAACUUUUCAUCGUUUAUGA